AUGCCUACUUUCAUCUUAGUAGUGGACUUCGAGGUAGCAAAGUCCUUCUGCCAAACAACACCUUUACAUUGCCGUCCGGUAGUUUUACCUGAGCCAUGCUCAUUUACAAGGAUAGCUUUUCCCGCGAAAUGCAGGUGUCGUAGCUACCAUGAGUUCCUCAUAGACGCCGGUCACGAAGACGACGGUAUCAGCAAGAAUGCCAACUGGGACACCCCGCUCUUGCUCGCGGUGGAAACAUCGGAGGCCGUAGCCACGCUCCUAGCGAUGAGGUUUCCGCGCUGUGUCCCGUGGAAGAACAAGCAGGGCGCUGACUCUCUGAUGCUCACCUCCCGCACCCCGCACACCGCCCUGCUGACCCACCUCCUCACGCUUUCCCCCUCCCCGACCUCCCCCCUUGCCUCCACGGACACGUCGGGCAACACACCCCUGCACUACGCCUCCGCGUACGGGCAGCUCAAAUCCAUCCGCACGCUCCUCGAACACGGCGCCGAUGCCGCGGCGCGUAAUGCUUGGAGUUGGACGCCUGUCAGUUACAGCGCGAGUGUGCAGGCGGAGGUGUAUUUUAAGGGGUUGGUGAAUGCGGCGGAGAGGGAGAGGGAGGGGAUGGCCACGGUUACUGGAGCGAGGAGCAGGGGUGGCAGUGGGCCGAAGAUGGUGAGGAUGGUUAGUGCGGAGGAGGGAGAGGAGUUUGAGAGAAUGAGAAGGAGUGGCGAGAGUGGAAGGGUAAGAGCUGGUAGUGGCGGCUGA